AUGAUGUGGCAGACACGCCCCUUUCCCCCACAGGACUCUUCCUAUAUAGAAAGUGCUUAUCUGAACAAUGUCUUCGUUUAUGAAUCGACCAUUAUCUACCCCACGAUCCUCCGUUUGCUAUCUAUCGCUGAAUUAGACAAUAGCGGUAGCAGUGUUUUGACAUGCUACCUAACAGAGGUCUCUCUGGACUCUCCCAUACUCAAUUAUCGCGCCCUCUCAUACAAAUGGGGAGUGUCGGCACGAACUACUCGGAUACUGGUUAAUGGGGAAUGGCUAGUUGUCAGACUUAAUAUUGAGGAUUUCCUACGCCACCUGCGACUGAAUCUGUACUGCUGGGACCGGCAGUGCGGCUGCCAGAAGGAAUCUCAGACCCCAGUGCCUCUCAAUGACCGAUUCACCUUCCCAACAUUACUGUGGGUUGAUGCUGUUUGUAUCAAUCAAGAUGACCCGGAUGAACGGGCACAGCAAGUAGCCCUCAUGCAGCAGAUCUACUCUCACGCAUCGUCAGUCCUUAUAUGGCUUGGAAAGGCAAAUGAGCAGACUGUUCCUGCAUUUCGUCUUCUUUUUGGGCUGUCAGAUCUUUCCAGCUCGUGUCCAGGAGAUCAAAGGGAUUGCAUGGCCCAUGUCAUUAAGGACGAAUGCUUUAAAGGUCAUUGGCUAGCACUAGGCGAGCUUCUUCAACGGGAAUGGUGGUACCGUGUCUGGACCAUUCAAGAGGUUGUUUUGGGUUCCGAAAUUCAUGUCGUCUGUGGCCCAUUCACGGUAGGAUGGGGCGUGAUCAGCAAGGCUAUCGCAACUUUCCAGCUAUGCUACCAUUUUAUGGAUGAGCUGAUGGAAGCCACAGCUAUCUCUAAGACGUACCACUACUUUUUCCCACUCCAGAAGGGUGCGUCCUCACAGCGCCCCUCUGUUGGUACAUAUUUAGCAGAUUUACUAGACAAAAUAAGAGACUACGACGCAACGGAUCCCAGAGACAAAGUAUACGCUAUCAUCGGAUUACUGAACCAAAGUGGGUACAAGUCACCUCUCAUGGUCAGUUACCAAAUUACUGUUGAAGACCUUUACAUCCAAGUUGCAAAGGUCAUACAGCAAGGCAGUGAGACACUGGAUAUCAUGAGCCAAGUAGAAGUUAAGCCUUCAACCCACCAAAGUAUACGCUCGGGGUUACCUUCAUGGGUUCCUAACUGGACUGUGCGUUCGAUCUACAAGUCAACGUAUGGGAAUGCACAGUAUCCAAGGUCAAAACAGCCAGACAGUGGGACCCCCGGUGAUCUCAAGUCAAGUUUUAGCUUCACUGGAGACUCCAAGGCUCACUGCCGAUUCCUCUCGAAUAAGAGCCAAAUGGUUGUCGAGGGCUUUACAUUCGACACCAUAGCCAAGAUAGAGACGCGUUUCGUUGAUCUGGAGCCUGGCAUAAAGCUAGAGGGGGUAAAGCGGUACGGCUACAGGAUAGGCUGGAAACCACCAAGCGCCUGCGAUCAGUUCGAAUGUCACGAUUACUGGCUUGACUGGCUUGGCUUUCAUGCAGACUUCCCUAGUCCUGCGGCCAAAAUUCCACGACGAAAUGGAGGAGACAUUCGACGCGUGGACACCAGAGUCUUCAAGACACAAGUCUCAGGUGUCCUGGGAAGCACAGACGUAUCAAUAAGAGUCGGAGAUAGCAUAUGUGUUCUGAUGGGCGCCAAGGUUCCUAAUAUUCUGCGGCCAUGUGGUAACUCGUGGGUACUUGUUGGUCCCUGCAUCCUCCUUGAUCGCGGUAUCAUAAACGGCGUGUUGAUGAAAGGUUUGGGUGUUGGAAAGUUUACGCUUCGGGAUUUCAUCAUUGAAUAA